AGCAUUUUACGUCAACCCAUAGGUUAUGGUAUCUACAUGUAGGGAAGAAGCGGAUUGCGCGGCGUUGCUCCGCAGAGCAUGAUGCUAGUUGGGAAGUGCCCGGGCGUUAAUCCUCUCUUGCUUCCAAACAAGCCGAAGUUUUGUCCACACCGUUGUUUUCCAAUAGCUAGCGCGGCUGGGUAUCAACAGCCGCAGGUCGCGCAAGUAGCCGCCCGGACAACCUCACCUGGAGAGGAUUUUCAAGCCGACGUCACCGGGCGGGGCGACGAGCUAUUUGAGCAACUCCAGGACAAUCGCAGCGUGUUAUCUACACAGGCGUUGCUAAACCAGCGUCUAAUAUGUUGUGUUACAUGGGAGGAGCUGGACGACCUGCUGCGGUCGAACUGGCGUCACAUGGACUUUGUAAACGUCAGCACGGUGUGGACGCGCCUGGCUAACCUUUUUGGCGGUGCACGCGUUCAUAGGGUGAAGGGUCAGCGGUCGGUUGCUGCGCCACCUGCUCAUGAACCGGCUUUCAGGCAGUUCCUAGCUCGGCUUAUCGAGGUGACGACGCAGCAGCUGCACGUGUUCGGCGUGCAGGCGCUAGCCAACGUCAUGUGGGCCAUGAGCAACGACAACUGGCAGCUGGAACAGCACGAACCGGCAGUAACGGGGCUGAUGCUGAAGUGGUGCUCAGCGCUCAGCAACCACUUGGAUGACAUGCGCUCCCCAGAUGUGUCAAACAUAUCAACCGCCAUCGGCCGCCUAGACCAUCUCUGGCACCCCAACUUUAUAGUCGUCUUUUACCGCGCCGUGCUCCGUCGCCCUGACCUCAUGGAACAGGCGGACGCCACCACGCUAAACAACCUGCUGUACGGCCUCUCCCGCGCACGGCGGAGAGGCCUCGUGCAGAUGGCGUAUCAAACACGCCUCUUCCUUAGCCGCUGCGUAGGGCACCUGCUCGAACGAGCCAACAAGGGGGACGGCCAGGCGGUCCGGUUGGAUCCCUGGCGCGCAGCGCAGCUGCUUGCAAACUGCCACGAGCUUGGCCUCCGGCUCAAUCGCCCCUCGUACGCCAUUCUCAUGCCGCUAGUUGCCCGGGCCUACUCACGGCGGCCCUGCCCGCUGGAUUGUUGGAACAUGCGCUAUGUGGCGGCGCUGGUGGAGGCGCACUUGGUGGUUCCGCCGGAUGUACGGCCGGACUUGGGGCCGUUGCGGGAGUAUGUGGAGGCGCGUGUGCAUGAGGUACCCACCAGCAACAUGACUCAGCUGGCGAACUGGUUUGCGAGCCUGAAGCAGCCCAUGAGCCCGGAGUUCUGGGGGCAGCUGUUCCUGCGCUACGGCUGCAAUGCGGCUGUGGCGGCAGCAGCGGGCGGGGAAAAGCAGCAGCAGCAGCGGCAGCAGGAGCGGGAUGGAGGCGUGACGGCGGCGUUGGAGCAACAGCAGCAGUCCUGGCCGACGGUGGAGGGGGUGUAUCAGCAGCGGCAGCAGGAGCGGCAGCAGGAGCGGCAGCAGGAGCGGCAGCGGCAGGAGGCGUUGGGGGCACGACGGCAACGCCAGCAGCAGGCUGGCAUGCGAAGGCAGCAGGAUGCGGGGCACCGGGAAGAUCAGCAACAGGAGCAGGAGGGGCAGCAGCAGCAGGACGGGCCACAGCAGUUGCAGUGGCAACAUGAGCAGGACCGGCCACAGCAGCAGGACGGGCAACGGCAGCAGGAGGGGCAACAGCAGCUGCAAAGGCGGGAGGAAGUCCUGGGGAGGCAGCACCCGUGUCCGCAAGGAGAGCGGCAGCAGGAGGAGGAGGAUGGGCAGCAGGAGGGACAGCAUCAAAGGCAUGCUUGUGCGGGGUGCAGUAGCCCUUCUGUGGCCCGUUCCUCCUCCGCAGCACCAGCAGCAAUGCUGGCAGAGCGCCCUUCUCGGCAUCACGGCCGCCUGCCAGCGGGCAUUCGGCGCGAUCAAUUCCAGCAGCUGCAGCAACAGCCGCAGGCACCAGAGGUGUCGGGCGCCCCCAGGUUGUGUUCAGCUGCAUUGCCGUCAUCUCGCACACUACCGCCGCCUCAUCAACAGCAACAGCAGGGAGAGCAGCAACACCAGCAGCAGCAGUUGACGGCAUCACCGUCGCUGAUAGGGCAGCUGGGGCAGCAGCAACAACAGCAGCAGCAGCCAGCGCCAGUGCGGCAGCACGCGCUGCAAGCAACCAGCAAGCAGCGGCGAUGGGUUCCUUGUGGAGAGCAACAGCAGCUCGGGCCCGAGGAGCAGCAGCGGCAGCAGCAGCACGGGCCCAAGGAGGAGGAGCAGCAGCAGCAGCUUAACGGGAAGGGACCGCCGUCGGGGUUAUCGGAGGCGGAGACCUGCGCUAUGUCCCGCUGCCUGCCAUUGCAGCCUGCACAGCAGCAGUCGGAGUCACUUGAAGAGCAGCCGGAGCUGCCCCAGGACCUGCCGCAUAAGCAGCAGCAACCGUCGCGGGAACUCGAGCAACCCGCAUCAGCGGUAGCUCAGCAUUCCGGAUUCGAAGGCGGGCGGUUGCAGCCGUUAAACGAGCGGCCGCGGGCUUGUGAGAUGCGUGGGGAAGGGGAAACGGAGGAGGAGCAGCGGCAGCCGCAGCAUCAACAGCAGUCAGGGGAAGGGCUGGGGCUGCAACCACCGCAACCAGGCGAGCAGCUGGGGUCUGCUGGGUUAGCCCAGUUGCCGCAUGCAGUAGCAUCGCAAGGGGACAAGCAGCACGACCACCUUCACCACUCUUCACCUGAGCAACAGCAGCAGCGGCAGCAGUCCUUGCCGCCGCCGCCACAGCAGCAGCAGUCGUUGCCGCCGCCGCUGCCGCAGCAGCAGCCAUACUACCAGCGAUCCGAGUCAUGGCGCACGCGCCCUCCGGCUGCAUCACCGCUGCCAAGCACUCAAGCCCCUCCAAACGGGCGACGACGCCCACAGCAACAUCAGCAGCAGCAGCAGCAACGGCAGGCACAGCCGCAACCACCUCAGCAAACCCUCGACCCGCACCGCCAAGAACAGCACAACCACCACAACCACCACCAAUAUAACCUCCAGCCCCCAUGCGCCCUAACCCAGGAGGACCUUGCACCACGCACCCUGCACCUGGUGUGCUGGCAAGCCGCCAAGGCGGGUAUCCUGCCGCCCCGCGCCUUCCUGCGUCUCUACCUGAGGCACGUGCCGGUAUGGCUGGUGGAGCAGGCGAGCGACGUGGAGUGCAUGCAGGCCAUUCACACGCUGCGGCUGCUGCGGUGGGUGCCGCGGAGGGAUGUGCGGGAGGCGUUGUGUACGGCACUGGAGCGGCGGGCGCCGUCCUCGCGGUUGCCGCUGUGGAAGACGGCGAGGUGGUUGCGCGAGCUGUUGUAGCAGCAGGCAGCAGCAGGGAAACAGGUAGCGGGCGGCGUGAUGGGGAGUUUGAGGGGUUAGGUUAGGCUUGGUUGCAUGGCGAACAUGGGGUGUGCUGAAGCGGCAACGGGAAUCAGCGCGGUUUGUGCUCUAGUUUGUGCUUCUAGAAGGGGAAUGGUAACGCGGAGGGAGGCAUGCCGUCUGGGCAGGGUUUGGGGCAAGGCAGGUGAGCAGGUGGCUGUACGUUCGCUGUAUGGCGGUGCUGAAGGAGCCGCCAGCCUGCAGAGCUCCUGCGGCAGUGCAGCCAUGGGAACCACAGUGCUGGGUCAGUAGGAGUAGCGACGUAGCGAGGCAUGUUAGGCAUGGCGGGGAGCGCGUAAUGCAUGCACGAAUGCGCUAUUAACGUUGUGUUGUGUGGCUUGGGGCCGGCUGUAACUUGCUCCAGUUGCUGUAUCUGGGUUGGAACUCGCCUGGACACGCGAGUUGGAGGCGCUUGGUGAUCUAAUAUUUGCAAUAGCGGAUAUGCACAUUGUAGUACGCGAGAGUGGUGGGAGCAGCAGCGGAGUGUAUGAGUGCAAGUGUGGAGGAGGUGCUGUGUGGUCCUCGCAAACGGUUGGGACCUUUCGUUGGCUUUCCAAGCUGGGCAGGUUGUAGGUUGUUGAGUCCCCGUACGCAGGGAGCGCAGGUGCUGUGGUGGGCUUUGUGUGAGCCACGCAAAGUCGCAAGUGUGUUAGCUAGAGGAAGCGUCCUCUCCUUGGGCUAUACCGAUAGUAGCACAGUUAUAGCUGAUGGAUAGAUUUUUUGGGCAGGAGGCAGCGUAGUUAAGAUGCGUAGAGUAGGCUAGGACGACUGGCAAGCGAGGACGAGGAGUGUAGGAUUGGACGAGGAGGGUAGUUGGCUGUUCUUGCGGGUAAGCGCCCGG